AUGAUGGAUACAGAACAAAAGUAUGGCCUGUCCCAUUGGACCCUCCAUAACUACUAUAAGAAAUGCGCCACUAAGCCAACUCCAAGGAUCGAGUCUUUCCCUGAAGCUUACAAACUUGUAAGAUUGCCGGGACAACCACAUGUUAGUUUCCAGCAAUUCUCUGGCUAUAUCACAGUGGAUGAGAAGCAGCACAGAUCGCUUUUUUACUACUUUGUGGAAGCAGAAACUAACCCUGCCUCAAAACCCCUUGUUCUUUGGCUAAACGGAGGGCCUGGUUGUUCCUCUGUUGGAGCUGGUGCUUUUGUCGAACAUGGCCCCUUUAGACCAACAAAAGGAAAUAAUUUAGUCAGGAAUGAGUAUAGUUGGAACAAAGAAGCAAAUAUGUUAUACUUGGAGUCCCCGGCAGGAGUUGGUUUCUCUUAUUCUGCUAACCAAACAUUCUACUCCAAUGUCAAUGAUGCGAUGACAGGCCAUUAUGUCCCACAACUUGCACGGCUCAUUAUUAGGUCCAAGGUGAAUUUCAAUCUGAAGGGGAUAGCUAUAGGAAAUCCCCUUUUAGAAUUCAAUACCGACUUCAAUGCACAGGAUCACUAUUACUGGUCACAUGGAUUAAUAUCAGAUUCUACCUACCAACUUUUGACAUCAGUUUGCAACAAUUCCAAGCUCAUGAGAGAGGCCAUGACAGGCACUGUUUCGACUGCCUGCUUUGGAGUAUAUAUCAAAGUUGAAAAGGAAUUAUCUGGCUCAGUUGAUCUAUAUGAUGUCACUGCCGAUGUUUGUCUAUCAUCUAAUCAAUCACAGUUCAAGAUUUUCAAUCAGCAACUUUCAAGGUCAAGACUUCAUGAAUAUUUAUCACCUCAAGUAUACCCUCAAGUUUUACAACCGGAUUCUUUCAAAGACCAGAAGAGGACAAAGCAAGUUAUGGGGAAGGUAGAUGUUUGUUUACAAGAAGAAACUACCAAAUAUUUAAACAGGAAAGAUGUGCAAAUGGCUCUCCAUGCAAGACUUGUUGGAGUCACCAAUUGGCAUAUUUGUAGCGCGGUACUAGAAUAUGACAAGACAAAUGAGGAAAUACCAACAAUUCAUGUUGUACAGUCACUGGUUAAGUCUGGCCUUACGGUCCUAGUGUACAGUGGAGAUCAAGAUUCAGUUAUUCCAUUUACUGGGACUCGAAGUUUGGUAAAUAAGCUAGCAAAGGAUUUGAGACUAAAACCAACUGUGCCUUACAGAGCUUGGUUUUCAGGCAAACAGGUUGGUGGAUGGACGCAAGUUUAUGGUCCUAACCUAACUUUCGCCACAAUUAGAGGAGCUUCUCACACGGCUCCAACAACACAACCAAAGAGAUCUCUACUAUUGUUUAAGGCAUUUCUAGAAAAGAAACCACUGCCAAUAGUGUGA